AUGCCAUUUUUAUUUGGAAUCCAUGUUAACUAUGUACUGUGCUUACUACAGUUUCUCAUCGUCGUCAAUAUUUGGACUCCACCGACAUCAGCGGCAUCAUCAAAGAUAACCUGCAAAAGCGAAGGGACAUGCAGCUGUCGACUUUCAGACAGCAGCGGACUGUUUGAUCUCAGGCCACUGUCUGGAAACACCACCCACCCAAGAUUUGAAAAUGUACUUGGUGAAAGUGGAGAUCGUUUCUGGUUCGAUCCGUGCGUUGGCUUCUCUCUGCAGUCCAGCAACAAAACGUGUGACGAUGUUGCCGUGUGUCGUCAAACACAGCACCCCAAAGAUGCGUACUUCAACUGUGGUGAUCCACAACCUGAAUACAUUUAUUUUGAACACAAUGACUCGGUUACCUUAAUGUAUAAUAACAAUAAACAAGGGGAAGCAAAUAAAAUUACAGUAGUCACAGUGAAAUGCACAGAGUCCGUGGAGCAUCAUCUACACGUGUAUAAACAAGCACGACCGGAUCGCUAUAAUAUGACGCUGGAAUCACCUUAUGGUUGUUUACAAAGAAUUAAACCAUUUAUAAACAAAAGGACAAUUGGUCCUGGUGCUGUGAUUAUUUUGAUAUUUUUGGUUGUCAUCUUCCUGUAUUGUGGAUUAGGUUGUGUGAUUAAAAGGGCCAUUUACAAUGCGAAAGGCGCUGACCAAGUUCCACAUUACGAAUUUUGGAUGUCAUUACCUGGUCUUAUAAAAGACGGAUGUGCAUUUGUUGCCGGAUGCUGUCAAGCAAAGCAGCCGCAACACAAUUACGAUCAAAUCUGUCUGGGUCUGGAUGAAUCAAUGGAUGGAGGUUGA